UUUGUGUGGGAGAGAAAAAGAGAGGGAGAAACAGCAGUGAUGAUCGACGCCAGGCUGCCACCACUCUGUAGCAGCGAGUGGCUGCAACAAAAAGCAGAGAAUAACAUCCCCGACUCCCUGCUUUGCUUCCCCCCUCCCUCCUCCUCGUUCCCUGCGUCUCAGCUAGCAGACGAGAGCUCCGCUCACUGCUCUGCAGAGGCUAUGCUGAGUCUGAGCUGGCGUCGGAUGCAGGAUCUCUGGUUCUCAACAAGUUAGGGUUGAAAGACCCCGACCACGAAAAAGGAACACUUCAUCUUGAAUUAACCAGCUGAGCUGACAUCAUCGAGGUGGAAGAAAAAUAGGGUUAAAAAAAAAAGGAGGGAGAAAGAAAAGAGGAGGAGGGGGUCUGUUAAACAGAGUCGGUCUGAAGGCAACUGAUCAACUAAAACGAAGAUAUACUGCAUGCGUCAAGGAUUUGUGGGAACAAGCAAAAGAGUCAUCUUUUAAGCCUGGAAUUUAAAAGGACCCAAAACAAACUCAAAGGAAUAAACAUUUUGGGACAUGGAAUUUCAUAUUUUGUUUCAACUCUGCUGGCUCAGAAAUCCUUUAUUUCCAAAGAGCCUGAUUCUCUUCGUAUUUCUCCAAAAGGGUCUUUUCCCUUUGGAUUUUUCUUUUACUUGGCUGCUCCAAGAGUCUGCGGAAAAGGACAGUUGAAUGCAGCCUCCGAUGUGCACAAAAGAAUGGGUUUCCAUUCAAGGUGGCCAUUGGUGGGAUCUGCACCAGCGGCUGUGUGUCUGUGUGUGAUCAGCAUGCUUCUGGUGUUCCUGCUGCCUCCUGCAUCGUGCGCAACCUGCCCUCAAAAAUGCCGAUGUGAGGACCUGCAGUUCUACUGCGACACCCAGGGGCUCCAUGCACCCCCAGAUGGUGUAGAUAAGGGGGCCCUGGGACUGUCAUUACGCCACAACAGCAUCACUGAACUCAGCCCUGAUCAGUUCUACGGCUUUAGUCAGCUUACCUGGCUUCAUCUCGACCACAACCAGAUUACCACAGUACAAGAGGAUGCCUUUCAAGGUCUCUACAAGCUUAAGGACCUCAAUCUGAGCUCCAACCGCAUCACCAAGUUGCCCAACACAACCUUCAUUCACCUCAUUAAUCUACAGAUACUGGACCUGUCCUUCAAUCAGAUGACUGCAUUGGAACCAGAACUGUUUCAUGGACUACGGAAGCUCCAGAUACUUCACCUCCGCUACAAUUUACUUCGUACCACACCUGUUCGGGCCUUCUGGGACUGCCGCAGCCUGGAAUAUCUGGGCCUGAGUAACAACCGCCUAAGAAGCCUGGCCCGUAAUGGCUUUGCUGGACUCAUUAAGCUUAAAGAGCUCCAUCUGGAGCACAACCAGCUGACUAAGAUCAACUUGGCCCAUUUCCCCCGCCUCGUGGCCCUCCAGUUUCUUUAUCUGCAAUGGAAUAAGAUCAGCAAUGUAUCAUGUGGAAUGGAGUGGACUUGGACCACGUUGGAGAAGCUGGACCUCACAGGGAAUGAAAUACAUGCCCUGACACCAGAUGUGUUUCAAACGCUGCCAAACUUAAAGAUUUUGCUGCUGGAUAACAACAAACUAAGCAGUCUUGAUCCCCAAGUGCUGGAUAUGUGGCAGUCUCUGGGUACAAUCGGGCUGUCAAGCAAUUUUUGGGAAUGUACCAGAAGGAUUUGCUCUCUGGCCACUUGGCUAAGCACCUUUAAAGGAAGGUGGGAACAUUCGAUUCUCUGCCAUAGUCCUGAAUAUGCCCAGGGAGAGGAGAUACUAGAUGCCGUUUAUGGAUUCCAGCUUUGCCACAACUUUUCUGCUCCUGUAGUACAGACCAUUAGUACAACUACAGACACAACUACAGCUGCAGAGAUCACAAGCCUGCUGUUUGGAUUUAUGCAGCCAACCCUGACGCAGGACUAUGCAGAGGAUUUUGGGAGCUUUACUACAGUCACUACAACAACCACAACACCAACACCACACACUGCUCAAGCUACCACCACCACAAUGGAAGAGACUACACUAAUAGAGGACUUCUCUGUAAUGGACAACACUGUUCUUACUCAUAGGGUCAUCAUCGGAACUAUGGCCCUUCUAUUUUCAUUCUUUUUCAUCAUUUUUGUUGUGUAUAUCUCACGGAAGUGCUGCCCUCCUACCCUGCGCCGGAUACGUCACUGUUCAGCUAUACAGAACCGCAGACAGAUGAGGACCCAGCAACGGCAGCCUAUGGCAGAUCUUGCUACACAGGUUCCCUAUAACGAAUACGAGCCUAGCCAUGAAGAGGGGGCACUGGUGAUCAUCAACGGCUAUGGGCAGUGCAAGUGUCAGCAACUGCCUUACAAAGAGUGCGAAGUAUGAACUCUUAUUUAUUGCUAGAGCAUAUGAUUUGCCAUUUGACCAUUUCAGAUGAUACAGGGUUUGCUUUUUAAUUUCUCUCCCCAGUUUAUGUACAAAGCAUUUUUACAAGUGAGAUUUGAGAACAUGAAUCAUGCUGAAUGCUGCGAUGACAAAAAAAAGAUGGACAUGACAAUUAAAAAGGAUAAUGUAGAGAUAGUCGCAAAUUUAUUUUUCUAUGAAUGCAAGAUUGUUCAUAUCAGGCAGGGGCAAUCAUUUUAAAUAAGAAAAAUUGUAAACUGUGAGAUUUGUCUCCACACUGUCUAUAUUCUGCAGCAGAGAGAAAAUAUCACACCAAAUGGCUCUGUGCCAACACAAUGCAUUACACGGUGUAACUUGAUUGACAAAAUGUCUUAUUACUUUUAAAAAGUAAAUGUUUCUAAAUUGCACCACAGGGACAGUAAGCCAGGUAUUCACCAUAAGUUAAUGGGACCAUUUUAUCUUUUGUUUUAUAUCAGUUUGUUAGUUCUUGCCAUUAACUAGUACAUGGCAAAGUAAGGAUGAAUGAUCACAAAUGUUUAGGUCAAAUUUAAGAAAAAAAAAAUGUUUUUCCCUAUUCUCUUAACAGAGGAUCCCUAAAGUUGCCACAAAAGAAUUAUGUAAAAUGUGAAUUCAUAUUCAAUUAUACAGAUUGUAAAAGUGAACUCGGAGCAGACACAGCCUGCAAAUGUAAGGUAAUGAGUUUUUAAAUGAUGAACAUGAUGAACCUUUCACCCACCAAAAAUAAAUUUUAAACCUGACAAAACACUGAGCUUUUGUUCAUAUAAGCUAAAUGUUAUAUUGGAUGUCACUAAAAUAAUAAGUUUAACAUUACUAGACAAACAAAGGAUCACCUGUGUAUGGCUUCUUAGGCUCCAUAAUGCCCUCUUGCCCACACACGCAAACCCAUAUUGUUUUCAACAAGCUCAACAGCUUAAUCUAACUGCUACUGAUCGAUUCACAUUUAUAUAGCAGGGACCAACAUGUAGUUCAGCUCCUGUUAAAAUAGCAAGCAGAAUGAUUAGGAACAGCCAAAAUUCCAACUGGCCGAUCAUUGAAUUCCAAACAUAAAACCUUUAACCACUGCCCACGGAAACUCAUACUUUACUGCUUAUACAGUAAUCAAGACUGACAGACAAGAUUGAACCAAUUAAGGCAAGGCAAAAAGAAUCUCACAUUGCUGGCAAGAUUUAACUUAUCCAGGCACACACACACACACUUUUGGAUCAUUGUCCUUCCACACAAACAUAAUUAGGUCAUUCAUUUCAAAACGUUCAUAUUAAAGAUAGAGUUCUCAUUAACAGUGGAAAUAAUGACUGUAAGUGGGGUACACUAUGACUAAACUACAACAGCAAAUCCACAGGACAGUGUUAAGUGAAACUGUGGUCAACACAGUGAAAGCAAAUGCAGAUUCAGUGAUAAGCAAACAACCAGCUUGGGUCAGGACAUUUGUAUGCAGCAGAGAGGAUGUGCAUUAGCAUCAGACUAAAGCUGCUCUCGCAGCUCCUCACUGUGUUCAGUUUGGUGGUGGGGGGGUGGGGUGAAAGGAGGAUCGAGAAAAAUUGAUGGGACAAUGAAAAGGGGCCACAAAGGGGUAAUGUUUUAGUUUAUCACAACCAACGGGCACCCUUCUGGCUACAUAACAGCAGAGAAUAAAAUGAUAAAUGUCAAUUAACAGCAUCUUUGGUUUGAAAUGCACAAUACAAUUUAAUGAGCUGUUCACAGACACCACUGUGUGCCCGAACAGUCACAUUUAAAAUAAAGAAUGAAACGCAGACCAUGACGCUGUACAUUCGUCUUCUGUCCAUGAAUGGUAAAAUAAAGCUUCGUUGAGAUGCUUUUGAGCGCACAGCCCAUUAGAGGGUAAUGUUGCCAAACUACGAAGUCAUAUGUACGAUUUUGUCUCUGUGGUCCUAUUAAAAUUUGGUUGCAAACCUU